AUGUCUUCAUCUAACCCAGUUAACCACUUACACGACAUCAUACUCACACCGACUGCCAUGACCACAGCAGCCCUUUUCACGGGCGCUAUCGUUGUUCUUAUCUACCUCCUCUACCAAUGCUCCCUCCCCAAGCCUAUUCCCGGAAUUCCACACAACCAGACCUCUCUCGAUAGCCCCCUAGGCGACUUCCCCAAAAUGCUGCAAUACAUGCACGAAAUGGGCAACUCGCUCUGCUUCUGCUUCUCUUCUCACGUGCAGAAACACAACUCCCCCAUAACGCAAAUAUUAAUUCGCCCCUUCACCCGUCCUAUGGUCCUACUAGCCGACUUCCGGUUUUUGCACCGGGUGGCUGGGCCGGCGAUUGAUGUUAAUGCCUCGAGACUCAUUGAAUUGUGGAAGGUGAAAUCCGGAAUGGCGGCUGGGAGUCCGUUCAGCGCAAAUGUUGAUGUGUACCAGGCUGCUUUGGAUGCCGUCUUUGGGUUUGCGUUCGGGAAGGACUUUCCACACAGUGCUACAAGGCCUAAGCUGGAGUUACUCAAGGGCUUGGAUGCAGAGUCAGUGGAACGGAUUCGUCGUAAAGGGGAGAAGGGUGAUGAUGAGCCGAUAGAAUUUUCAGGGGCUGAGACGGAUGAGGUUAUUACCGCAACGCUCGACCUAGCCAUCAUGCUCGGCACUGGUCCCAGCCUGUUGAGCCCCGCGAUUGACAUCCCUGAGGACUUGAGGAGAGAAACCAGCCAACUUGCGAAGAAAGAGGGAAAGGGUCGAGCUUGGGAUCCGGAAGAUAUUGGGGUGUUCAAACCGGAGCGAUGGCUGGUCUCUGCACCGAAGGGCCAUCGAGAGCAGAGUGGUUUCGAAGUUGAGUUUGACGCCGCGGCGGGACCACAGCUUUCGUUCUCGCUUGGCACGAGGGGGUAUUUCGGCAAGAGAUUGGCAUACCUUGAGUUGAGGAUUUUGAUCACGUUGAUUGUGUGGAAUUUUGAGUUGCUGCCGUGCCCGAAAGAGUUGUCUAGUUAUAACUCAACUUUAGGUAUCACCAAUAAGCCGAACCAGUGUUAUGUAAGGUUAAGGAAGGUGGACCAUACCCUAUGA